AUGGCAAGUUGUCUAAUCGUUUCUUUAAUCGGAGCCCCAAAAUGUGGAAAAACAACGUUCAUAAAAGACGUUUGUCACUACUUGAAAGAAAAACGAGAUUUUGAAAUAUGCAUGAUUGAUGCUGACGAUUAUUUGAGAACUUACACGCACGUAAGAUCGAUCUUGGGGCAAUACCAGCAAAGAUGUGAUGGAAAAAAAAUCGUCCUGAUCCUGGAUAAAAACAUGCACGAGGUGAACGAACGUCACAUUUUCUACACCCUUUGCAAAUCUUACAACGCCAGUUUUGGUGAAGUGUUUUUCGAAAUCGCCGAAAAAACAUGCCAAGAAAGAAAUCAAGCGGAUAUCCACUCUGGAAAUGUAACUUUGGCUGAUUUUAAGUCGAUGUUCAAUAAAUCGCGACUGCCGACGAUUUUUCAACCAUGGGAGAAUAAAUACAUUGCCGUUGAGUUGCCCAAUAAUGGAAGUAACGUCGUUUGGAUGGUGAUAGAGUUGUACAGAACAUUGAGCUUUAUGGAGGAUAAUUUAGCACUUGUUAAUACUAUUUAG